AUGAAAUUUUUAAAUAUAAUUGAAAGGAUAGAUAUAUUUGGUGUUCCAAUUCCACUUUUAACUUAGGCUAAUAAUUAAAAAUUUUAAAGCACUUUGGGUGGAAUAUUAUCCAUAUUGUUAGGAAGCAUAAGCCUAGCUUACUUUUUAUACAUUGUUGUAUAAUGGAGUAACAAUUUAAUUCCCCCAAAUGUCAGUUCUAAAUAGAAAACAAUCAGUUAUACAGAAUUCUCAUUUUCAAAGCCUCUAAUCUAAAUCACUUUAUAAGAUUUGACGAAUGACAUAGAUCCUUUUAGAAAAGAUAACAACAUUAUCACUCCACUUUUGUACACUAUAAUUAAUUCAACUAUACUUAAAAAUCCUAUACCCUUAUUUAGCACUCCAGAGUAUUCUUAUCAAAUAACUUUAUCUAAUGGUUCUUUAGUUCUUAAUAACUUGGACUCUAUUGAUAAUGAACAUUUGCAUAUGAAAUAAUAUUUAAUUGUAUUAACUCAGUGUUCAAAUAGUUCAUUAUUAGAUGGAGGUUAUUGUGCUGAUAAAAAUAUUAUUGAAGAAUAUUUAUCAAAAUUUCAUGGGCUUUUAUUUUUAACUAUAAGUUUAGGUCAAAUAAAUUAAAUAACAAGAGAAUUAGAAGUUUUCAAUAAAUAAUAUUAUACUAGUUUUGAUACAAAAAGUCCAAUUUAUUCAUAAAUUAUGCUAAAAUAAUAAGAAACUAUUAUUGAUGAUGGGAUAUUAUUUAAUAAUUAUAAACGAUACAAUACUUUGAAUAAUUAUGAAAUGAUUAACUAAUAAAUUGAUAAUUCCUUUGCUUCAAGGGUUUUUACUUAUAUGUCAGAGACUCCUUUAAAUUUGGAUAAUUAUGGCUGUUAUUUAUUUAGAAUAGAUAAUAUUUCAAUAGUGGAGGAAGUCACGAUGCCAAAAUUAGGUUAAAUUCUAGCUCAAAUAGGAUCUAUUGUAUAAUUACUUUUUUUAUUAAAAUUUGCAGCAUUAUAUUAUAAUAGCCAAUUACUUGAAGAUGAAUUGCUUCAUGAUAUUAUAUCAAUGUAUUAUCCUGAUGUAAAAGGAUACUCACUGAAAAAUUUUUUAUAAAAAUAACUUUUUUAAGAAGAGAAUAACAAAAAAUAACCUUCAAUUCAAAGUAUGAACUCCAUUCAUAAAGCUUUACUUCAAAGUGCACGGAAAAAAUGUAGACUUAAUAAUAUUAUAUAUGAAAUAUCAAGAAUUCAAUUUAUCAUUUAACAAUAAUUUGGGAUUCAUAUAUUAAAAACAAGUCAUUUAUUAGGAGAAAAAUUUGAAAGUUAUCAUUUUGGUACAUCAAAUGAAAAAGAAACAAAUAGAUUCCUAGUCAAACCAAUAGAUUCGAUUGAUUUUCAAGAACAAAUAACAAAUAAAGAACCUCUAGAAUUGCUUCUAAGACAAUUUUGA